AUGGCGUUCGUAGCCUCCACUGCCAACUUCACACGAUCGAUCUCCAAGAGGCUGUUCCAUGCCAACGACCUCGAUGACGGCAACGAGCAACGGGACAUGCCGAGCAAUGCGCAGAAGAUCUCAGAGUCAACUUUCUACUACAGCGUGUGGGGAGGGGAGUGGCAGCUGAGAAGGGUUGUGCUUUCACCGAGAGAGCUUGCUCUCUCCUGGGAUGGUGGGAACAAGGUUCUUGAUUCCAUACCGUUGCACGAGAUAGUCUCUGUUGAGAUUGGAUCUCCUCCAACUGCGAUCAAGCAUGAGUCGACAGCCAUCGAUGCAAACUCUGAAUUCUACAUCUUGACAUCUCUGGAUGGAUACAACUCAGGAGAUGACGAUGACGAUGACGAUGACGAUGACGAUGAUGAUGAUGAUGGAGAUACGAUGAUGAUGAUGGAGAUGGAGAUGGAGAUGGAGAUGAUGAUGAUGAUGAUGACGAUGUCGUACGUAUCACUUUCGGAGCAUGACAGGGUCGUCAAGAGAAACCGCGAAUUGGCUGACUAA